UUCCUUCUUUCCCCCUCGUCUUCUUUAUAAGCUUUGCAGUCCGGCUCCUUUUCAGAAACAAACCAUCUCUCGCUCUGCCUCUGAGUCUCUCCUGUUUGCAAAACUCAGAACCCUAAACCAUUUUAGCCAUGCCAGUGCCUGAUCCUCCUGAGCGAACCCCUGUGAUUUUCGACUCCCAAGUCAUUCAAUACCAAUCUAACAUCCCUUCCCAGUUCAUAUGGCCAGACCACGAGAAGCCGAGCCCCAACCGGCCCGACCUUCUCGCUCCGGCCAUCGACCUCAACGGCUUCAUCAGCGGUGACCCUGCCAUUGUCGCGAACUCGAUUCAUAUAGUCGACCAGGCCUGCAAGAAGCAUGGAUUCUUCCUCAUUGUGAACCACGGAGUUGAUCCGGAGCUCAUUGCGAAAGCUCACGAGUACAUGGACGUGUUCUUUGAGAUGAAGCUCUCGGAGAAGCAAAGGGCUCAGAGGAAGGUUGGUGAGAGCUACGGUUAUGCUAGUAGCUUCACCGGCAGGUUUAACUCCAAGCUUCCAUGGAAAGAAACACUUUCUUUCAGGUACUCUGCUGAGAGCCAGAGCUCAACAGUCGUCAAGGACUACUUUGUGAAUAUGUUGGGUGAAGAUUUCAGAGAAAUGGGGAAGUUUUACCAAGAAUACUGUGAAGUGAUGAACGAACUAUCCAAGGGGAUACUGGAGCUAUUGGGACUGAGCCUGGCAGUUGGGCGGGAGUACUUGAAAGAGUUCUACGAAGGAAACGAUUCGAUCAUGAGGUUGAACUACUAUCCAAUGUGCCAAAAACCAGAUUUAACACUGGGAACUGGGCCUCACUGUGAUCCAACUUCCUUGACAAUCCUUCAUCAGGAUCAAGUAGGGGGCCUUGAAGUGUUUUUCGAUGAGAAGUGGCACAUCGUUACUCCUGUUCUUGGUUCUUUCGUUGUCAACAUUGGUGAUACUUUUAUGGCUCUGAGCAAUGGGAUUUACAAGAGCUGCUUGCACAGGGCUGUGGUAAACAACAAAGAUGUAAGAAAAUCUCUUACUUUCUUUCUGAAUUCAAACAAGGACAGAGUAGUGACUCCACUAGCAAGUUUGAUCAGUGCUGAUAACCCGAGGUUGUACCCGGACUUUACUUGGCCUACUCUGCUAGAGUUUACCCAGAAACAGUAUAGGGCUGACAGGAGCACCAUUGAUGCUUUCUCGGACUGGAUUAAUAAGCAGAAGGGUGGAGAGGAAAAGAAAGACCAAGGAAACUAGGAGUCCCUGUUAAGUGCUUUGGUGGUGUACAAGGGAAUAAAAAGGCUCCAUAUUAUCUAGCUUGUUGUUCUUAAUUUUAGUUUUCUGUCAAUUCAAGCAUGAAUUAUGUCCUUAG